CUCCACCUCUCGGAAAUCUGAGUUCAGAGCACAGGAGCGGGAUUCCUCACUAAUCACCGGUCCAAGACUUCAGCAAGUUUAAGAAGCGCUCGGAAUCUGAUCUAAUGGACUUGUAAAAAAAAAAAAAAACUGACAGCAAGUUUAACCAACGACUAUUUUUUCUUUUGCACGCUCUGUGCAGGAUUUUGCAAUCCGAAAAAAAAAGAAAUUCUUGCUCUAUAUCCAUUUUUUCCUCUCGUAUGAAUCUACUCGAGUCGUACGUGAAGAUGACCGACGAGCAGGACAAAUGUCUCUCCGACGCGCCGAGUCCGAGCAUGUCGGAAGACAGUGUGGCCUCUCCAUGCCCAUCCGGAUCGGGUUCCGACACCGAGAACACGCGGCCGCUGUCCGAGAAUCGGCUCAAGAAGGACGAGGAGGAGGAGGGCAAGUUUCCCGUGUGCAUCCGCGACGCAGUGUCCCAAGUGCUCAAGGGCUACGACUGGACGCUCGUGCCCAUGCCAGUGCGCGUGAACGGCUCAGGCAAGAGCAAGCCGCACGUGAAGCGGCCCAUGAACGCGUUUAUGGUGUGGGCGCAGGCGGCGCGCAGAAAACUGGCCGAUCAGUACCCCCAUCUCCAUAACGCCGAGCUCAGCAAAACUCUGGGCAAACUCUGGCGGCUGUUGAAUGAAGGGGAGAAGAGGCCGUUUGUGGAGGAGGCAGAGCGACUGCGCGUGCAGCAUAAGAAAGAUCAUCCGGAUUACAAAUACCAGCCCCGGCGGAGGAAGAGUGUGAAGAGCGGCCAGGGCGAAACUGAGGACUCCGAACACACACACAUUUCCCCCAAUGCCAUCUUUAAAGCCCUACAGAGAGCGGACUCCCCCGCUUCCAGUAUGGGCGAGGUUCACUCCCCUGGAGACCACUCAGGUCAGUCUCAGGGCCCGCCAACUCCUCCCACGACUCCCAAAACAGACAUUCCGAGUGUGAAACCAGACCUGAAGCGAGAGGGCCGUCCACUUCCCGAGGGCACGGGCCGCCAGGCCAACAUUGACUUUGGCGAUGUGGACAUUGGUGUGCUCAGCAGUGACGUCAUCAACAUGGAAGCAUUUGAUGUGAACGAGUUUGACCAGUACUUGCCGACACAUGGGGCCCCGGCCUACUCCUCCGGGUAUGGUAUCGGUCAGACGGCAGGCACCAGCGGGCAUGGCUGGAUGAGCAAACAGCAGCCUCAGCAGCAGCAGCCUCAGCAGCAGCAGCCUCAGCAGCACUCUCUGACCACACUUGGCACAGCUGGUGAGCAGGGCCAGGCACAGCAGCGCCCAGCACACAUCAAGACAGAGCAACUCAGCCCAAGCCACUACAGUGAGCAAAGCCAGGGUUCACCCCAGCACUUGUCAUAUGGCUCCUUUAACCUACAGCAUUACACCGCCACCACCUCCACGUACCCAUCCAUUGCUCGCACUCAGUAUGAUUACAUCGAUCACCAGGGAGGUGCUGCCUCUUACUACAACCAGGGUUCAGGCCUCUACUCCACAUUUGGCUACAUGAGUCCUGCCCAAAGGCCAAUGUACACUCCUGUCGCUGAUGCUAGUGGUGUUCCAAAUGUGCCUCAGACCCACAGUCCCCAGUGGGAGCAGCAGCCAGUCUAUACCCAGCUCUCCCGACCCUAAACAAGAAUGAGUGUAAGAGGGGCACAGACUAAACAAUUAGCACCACCCUAUCCAUAAGACAUUGCUCAAACACAGUGGCCUCAAAGGACCUGCUGUCCACUCCCUGCACCAGCAAACAGAAAACAAACAAAACAAACAGGACUAAUGUUUUUUUUUAUUAAUGAAAAUAUCAAACGGCUCCCGACAGUGCCUUUUUAAAAAGCUCUGAGUUGCGACUAUAUUUUUCUAGUUCCGAUGAAAAAGAAACUCGCUUGAAAAAAGAGGAAUCCUCUGUGAGGACAUAUUCAUUAUAAAUAUUUGUUAGUAUGUACUGUGUAUGUAUUAUCUCUUUUUGUCCUUUUCAGGUUGGUCUGGGGGUUUUGUACAUUUACAAAGGAUGCGAGACUUCUCUCUAGUGUAUUUUUUGUAAAGUCGACAAUUCCCUCGUCAUUCCUCUGUAAACGCUUUAUUGUGAUUCCCUUUGGUCUUUUAGAUUUGGGUAAAGCUGACAUGAAAUUGUUAGAAAAAUCUUUGUUUCCAGUCUGUGUUUUUCAGCCAUUACGUUUUAAGUGCCACACCGAGUGCCAUUUAGUUGCACACGAGGCCUUUGUUUUAGCCGAGAUACACAUAUGCCUGUGUGCCAUCAGUGCCUGGUUAAGCAGUGUAGAGAUCCACAGUGCCUCAAUAGCCAUCGCUCGUCUCGCUCUUCAUGUCUGAGGAGGACCAGGAAGUGCCCUUUGACCUGAGACUUCCUAAGUCUCUAUUGAUUGUUUGCGUAUUCAUCUGCCACCCCCAUCUUGUCUUGACCUCUUUAAUUUAUUAAUUAGUAAUAACUUUAUUAUAAAAAGUAAUAAUUAUUUGCAUUUAAUUUUUUUUUAUUUUAUUUUUUUGCUUCACCUUUGUCUCACUAAUUUGAGAUGAAAUCCCCUUACCCCAUGGGAUCAAAUUUUAGUUGCAGUGCAAAAUUUAAACCAUUUUGUUUUUAUUUAUCAUUUGUAAAUGUUUCCAUUUAAAUGUUCUUAAUUCGUUUUGUACAGAUAUCUUAUAAUUGUGAUAAAACUUGAUCAAAACAGAAACAACUGGAAUAAUUUUUUACAAUUAAUUUUAACAAAUAUGGAUUACUGUAGGCCCAGGCCACAUUAUAAAGACAUUUUUUAUUUUAAGGAAAUUACCAGCAUACGUUUUUGUUAAAGUUUUAUUCCUUAUUCAUGUUUUGUUGCAUAUUUUAGACUUCAUGACAUUCUUUAAUGCAAUGAUUUUUUUGGGGAAAAUGCCCUUUUCUUAAGAAAAGCUUAUCUUUUGUAUCAUACCAUUUGCAAUAAAAAGAAAACAUAUAGAAAAUAAA